ACAAUGUGGAGAAACAGUCAUCAGGACCAAUAAACACGAUUAUGAGGAGAAGAAGAAGACAAUACUGGAUCCACGAUUUUGUCUCUCAUAAAGUGGAAAUCAGAUAGGCUCAAAGUUUGAUAUUGAUUAAUUUUCCAUGAGUGGGAGUGAUAUUCUAAAGUCAACGGGUGACCUCACAUUGUCCAUAUAAAUGCGGCCUCCGGUGAUCGGACUUUCAGUUUGUAUCGUUAGUGCUUGGUUCAACAGUCUCGUGAUAAAUAGUAUGUUCAGAGAAUACAAUAAAGGAGCCACUGAACGCGACUGCUUGCAGUCUGAGGUUUUCCACACUUACCCCGACCACUUCAAGGAAAAGUUCCCAAAAUUUGUCGAGACAUUCCCUUCCAUCAUGAAAAAUAAGUGAGAGCAAUCGGCCGCUCGUUGGAAUUGUAAAUAGAGUAUAAUAGACUAUAAAUAAACUUGAUGUAGAAUAAAAAUAAUAAUAAAGGGAAAAGUGAAGGAUUACCUGAAAUGGUGACCUCAGAUGAUUCUAAUAUUCCACUGGCUGUGAAGCUGCUGACGGCUGGAUCGGCAGCUUGUUUUGCUGACUUGGUGACAUUCCCGCUAGAUACAGCCAAAGUCCGUAUGCAGAUCGCUGGGGAGACCCGCAGUGUUCUGUUGACACCUACGAGCGGCUCUCCUGUGGCUAUCAACACAGCUCAGCCUGGUUUACUUCGCACGAUAGUAAAUAUUGUCAGGCUUGAGGGAGCAAGAAGUCUGUACGGAGGGCUGUCCGCGGGUCUCCAGCGUCAGAUGUGUUUCGCCAGUGUGCGCAUCGGUCUCUACGACAGUGUGAAAUCCUUCUACGGUAGCAUUCUCGACCGCGAAAAGCCGGUGAACAAUUCCUUAAAUUUCGGAAUUUGCGUGGCAGCGGGAAUCACGACCGGAGGGUUGGCAGUGCUGGUCGCGCAGCCUACGGACGUCGUCAAAGUGCGGAUGCAGGCAGGGAAUCGGGGGAACCCCACAGCAAGAUACAUCUCAACGAUACAAGCCUACAGAAAGAUUGCAGUGAAUGAGGGAAUUCCAGGACUCUGGAGGGGAACGAUUCCGAAUGUGGCGCGGAACGCAAUCGUCAAUGUUGCGGAGAUCGUUUGUUACGAUAUUUUGAAGGAAAGCAUUCUGAACAGUCAAGUAAUGUCCGACGGAGUAAUGUGCCACUUUACAGCGGCUGCUGGGGCUGGUCUUUGUACAACGAUCGUUGCUAGUCCAGUGGAUGUUGUAAAGACGCGUUACAUGAACAGCGGCCCCGGUGAAUACAAAGGCGCCAUGGACGCGGCAAUGAAAAUGCUCACGCAGGAGGGAGUUCUCGCGUUCUACAAAGGCUUCAUUCCCAGCUUUUCACGUCUUGUUUCUUGGAAUAUUGUUUUGUGGCUGACGUACGAACAACUGAAGAUUUUUGUCAAUGAGCGACGUAAACAACACAAGAUUUUAAUGUAAAUGAUAAUAGUUGUGGGGUUAUUUUACAGCUGUAUUGAUACUGCAAUAGAGGAGAUUGAGGUAAAAAGGACAGUUUAUUGUGAUUAAUAUCUCUGAAGAUAUGGGGGAGAAUUGGGGAGACUUUAUGGCAAAUCAAAGUUCUGUAAUGAAUGAGGAUUGAGACGAAAUGCAAUCGAAUAGAUUAUUCAGUGAUAGGGAACUUGCAUAAUUUUUUUUAUUCGUCUAAUCUCAAGUUUAGGGUCUAAAUGAAUAAUUUUUCAAUCGUAAAGGUUCGAGUAUAUCGCUCAUUUUAGUUAUUAAUGAUUGAUAGAUGAAUAAUCGAAGCGAUUGAAGACUUCAAACGCUGGGUAAUCGCUCAUGACUCUGCUCCUCGGCCAAAUUAUUCAUCUCACACUCGACUAACCGAGCGUUUGACGUCGUGACCGAAAAAUUUAUUUGGAAAACUGCCAAUUUUCAAUUAAUUAGUACAAAAUACUAGGCAAUAUAUGAUCAUAAUUUCUGUUGUUCCAUCGCAUUUCCAUUGUAAUCAAAGAUUAAAAUCUGAAUUUAUUUUCAUUAGAUGUGAAGAAA